AUGGUCAAGGUCAGCACCUCCGUCUCCUCCAGCCGCCGCAAGUCGCGCAAGGCGCACUUCAGCGCUCCUUCCAGCGUUCGUCGCAACAUCAUGAGCGCUCCCCUUUCCAAGGAGCUCCGUGAGAAGUACAACGUCCGCUCCAUCCCCAUCCGCAAGGACGACGAGGUCACCAUUGUCCGUGGCUCCAACAAGGACAAGGAGGGCAAGGUCACUUCCGUCUACCGCCUCAAGUACGUCAUCCACGUCGAGCGCGUCACCCGCGACAAGGCCACCGGUGCCUCCCUCAAGCUUGAUAAGGACCGUGAGGCCAUCCUUGAGCGCAUCAAGCGCGGCCGUGAGCUUUCCAAGCCCACCAAGGUCUCCGCCUAA